AUGACGCAAGAACCAUCUCAAAAUAACAUCUACCAAAGGCAUGUUUUUUAUCCUAAAGAGAGUGGAGAAAAAUUUUAUGAUAUUCCAUACCCUUCAUUCCACCGACGCAGCCAAUAUUCUGAUAUUUCAGAUCCAUCAUCAUCAUCUUCUUCGCAUCUUUCUUCCCAAAUAGGUUUAUUAUCAAUGAGUAGUGCUUCAUCUUCUUCACUACCUGGUUCACCUUUGUCUUUUCCUCCUAUUAAUAAUAGUGAUGGUAGUAAUAAUUCUCGUAGAUUAUCGAAAAUCAGUGAUGUCCAUCCUAUAAAUUCAAAUACUGCAAGAUCUUAUGAUUAUCGUUUUCGCUCAAAAUCUGAAGUGAUUUCUUCUUCCCCUACCUCAAGUUUUAAUUUUAGAAAUCGGAGACAUGAAAAUUUUUCAUCUCCUGACUUAAAAUUUAAAUACUUCUUUAAAAAAUCUAAAAAAAACAAUCAGGAUUAUAUCAAAGCCAAAGAAUCCUUAUUUUCUCAACAAUAUUCAGAGUCAAUUUCAUUUUUCACCAAAGUAUUAGCCAAAUAUCCUUAUAGUUAUUCUGUUAGGUGUGAUCGCGCUUAUGCUUAUUAUCAAACAGAAAAAUGGAAUCUUGCUUUACAAGAUUUAAAAGUUGCCAUUACUCGACGUCCCUCAAAACCUGUGGCCUAUGCUCUUAGAGGUGAAAUAUGUAGAUUAAUUAAAAUGUACGAUAGUUCUAUGAGUGAUCUUUCAAAGUCUAUUAAACUUCAACCUUCAGCUUUUGCAUUGAGAGCUCGGGCUGAAGUACAUUGUACACUGUCAAGAUAUUCCGAUGCAAUUAAUGAUUUGAAUUUUGCUUUGAAAAUUGAACCUAAAAAUUCAUUUACUUUAAUAAGGCGAGCAAAAGUUUAUGUUAAUUUACAUUCGGCUUUAGUAGAUUUAAAUCGUGUAUUAACAGUCCAACCUAAUUGGUGUUAUCCAUUAUCAUUAAGAGGGAGCGUUUAUAGAACAAUGGGAUGUUGGUCGGAUGCAUUGACGGAUUUAGAUCUAGCAUUAGAAAAUGUUAGAGAUAAAGCAUAUUAUAUAGGAUAUGAAACACAAGCAUUAAUUAAUCGAGGAUCAGUUUAUCGGGUGAUGAAUAGACACGAAGAUGCAUUGACAGAUUUAAAUAAAGGAUUAUUAAGAGAACCUGAUAAUUUACUAGCAUUAUGUGAAAGAAGCGCAGUAUAUUUUGCAAUGAAGAAUUAUGAAGCAGCAAUUAGAGAUUUGGAUAAAGUAUUAAAAAUACAGCCCAAAUAUGCAACUGCAAUUAAACAAAAAGAAAAUUAUAUAACAGCUAUGCAAGAAAGUGGACAAUUGACAGGAGUUCUUAAGAGACAAUCGAUUGCUAGAAUUACUAGAAAGGUUUUGGAAAAUCCUGAAGAAUAA